ACUUGUUGGCUGACUAAUGGUCCGUUGAAGAUCACAUCACACGCCGCUUUACUAUUUGCUCAUCCCGAUUCCUCAUAACUUACCUACUUACUAUUCUGAUAUCAGAUAUAGAUCAUGGAUCGAGCGCGAGAUCGUGACUGAAUCCUGCCACUGCUGCUCGUGGGCUGAUAUAUAACCAGCUGCAUAGAGAAGACUCCCUAGCAGCGCUGCGAUAUUCCCACCUACGACGACAUGGACCGCAACUCUGCUGCUGCCCUCACGGCAGCACUCAACGAUGGCAAAAUCCACCUUCUUCUAGCUGCCACGGGAUCUGUGGCAAUCGUAAAGCUCCCACUCAUCAUAUCCGCUUUUUCAAAAUACCCUAAUAUCUCUAUUCGGGUCAUUCUCACUCACAAUGCGUCCCGCUUUCUGAUGGGCCAAGCCGCCGAAACACCAACGUUGGAAGAACUGGCUGCCCUCCCUAACGUUGAUGCGGUCUACCAAGAUGAGCAUGAAUGGGCCGAGCCCUGGAAAAGAGGCUCGAGUAUACUACACAUAGAGCUCCGUCGAUGGGCCGAUUUGCUGGCCAUUGUUCCGCUGGACGCCAACACCCUGGCGAAGAUCGCGGGUGGUUUCUGUGAUAACCUCUUGACGAGCGUCGUUCGCGCAUGGGAUGUUAGUCCGAAUAACCCACGAAGACCUAGGAUUAUCGUCGCUCCUAGCAUGAAUACCGCGAUGUGGCUGCAUCCGAUCACCGCGAAGCAGGUCCGGGUACUGGAAGAGGAAUGGGGCGUCAACGGGCAGAAUCCAGAUCAGGGGUGGUUUGAAGUAUUACGACCGCAGAGUAAACUGCUGGCCUGCGGCGAUCUGGGAGACGGGGCUAUGCGCGAGUGGCAGGAGAUUGUUGCUGUAAUUAAAGACCGGUUAGGUCUUGACGACCAGGUUGAAACGACUUGAUUUAAGUGUAUACGCCUGUGAACACUGUUUACUACUGGUAUCUGUUACUUGGUAAUUUGAUUAUUCUACUGGGUCGUCGCAUGGCUUGUCAGUGUGAUACCUAUUCCCGCAAAGGGUACCGGAUCGAUGGUCACUACGUAAAAAUAUAUAUACUUGCGUAGUAGAGCACUUUACCAUGCGCAUUAUCUACGACUCAAUAGAUUCCGUCAAGAUCCAAGAGCAGAGAAGCAGAGAUAUUGGAAUAACAUUUUGAUACAGAAAC